AGUGCGACCCACGCGCUCGUCCCGGCCGCUCGCUCCGCGCUUAUGCAGCUCGUAGCGGCUUUGUAUGUACAAGCACGCGUAGCACGUCCGUAGCCGGCGCAGAUCACGGGGACCCUUUCACCCGUACCUGUGAUUUACCAUAAUAUAGUUACACUAUUAAAAGCAUGCUAUUAAUAGUGCCCUCGCUGUGCUUCGAUCACGAGGUUAAUGCCGUAUUAAAAUAUCAUGGAAAGCACCUGUGGAACAAAUAAUUUACAUCCAACUUUUCCUGUGAUACUACAAUCAAUUUAUACUUAUUUGUUUUGUUAGUCGUCAACUGAAAAGAGAGACAUGAUCCAAGUUGACAGUUUUAAGCGGCCAUCACCAUCACCAUCUCGAAGUUCCAUUAGAAGCGAUAGCCGGGUGUUUAGACAGCCGCGUGUCAUCCAAGUGAACCGCGAUGCUGCUACUAUGGUGGAUGGCGAAGCCAGCAGCCCAGCUGACACCAGCGCCGGACCACAAACAUCUGAAUUUGAUUCACGUUUCGGACAACAUACAGCACAUUUUCGUUCGCGCACAUUCAGCGAUGGCUUCAUAAAAAACACUAGUCUCGAACUCUUGCUUGGCGUUGAUUGUGAAGCCUGUCUAGCACUUGCCGCGCAGCGCCAGUGUUUAAACGAACAGAUAUCGAAACAUGAUUUUGAUUUGGUUUGUAAUUGUAAUGUUCAACAAAAUAAUUAUGUGAAUUGCCACCGAGAUACUUCUGAUCAGCGACAUACGCUCAAUAUUUACGAUUUAGAAAGGAUUAAACGCGACACUGGUCGGAGCCUGCUUAAUGUUGGCUCGCAUCGUAGUCUUGAUAGGAAGUAUAAUAAAAACAAAACAGUCGGGAUGUCAAACUACAUUUCAAAACAAUUGAUUUCGUAUGAUCCAAGAAAUACUCUUGUGAAAAAAAUAAAAAGGAAGUUAUCAAAUUUAAAAAAGAUAGGCGGAGACGCGAUAUCGAAAAAACAUCAGAAUGCAGUACAACUAACCGAUAUAGCAUCAGGUUCUUCGAACUCUCUCAAGAAAGUGUCAAUGUUGUCGCUGGCAGAUAAGCCGCAAAGGAGAGUUAAUAGUCAAAAUAAUGUUUUCGUAGCUUCAGGUUUUCAAACAAAAGAUGACAACAUGAAACAUAAAGUUUCAACGUAUGCUAACUUUUCUGGUAACGUCGAUCAGUGUUUUGAUCGACUUCGGGAUUGCAACGCAGAUAUAAAUAGAAGGGCCAACCAAAGAAUGGUAAAAAUGAGAAGUUUUGAUAAUAACGAUGAAUUAAUAAAUAGAAAUUCUCCAGUUUUAGAAACCACAAAGUUUUCUACUUUAGAUAAUAAGAGUCGUUGUAGAACUAUAAGAAGACAGAUGUCAUAUAAUGAUUUUCCAAUUAGUGAAAGGCUAAGAGACAGAUUAGCGGAGGAUUGGACACGAGAAGAGAACACAAUAGAGCCGAGGAGCACUCGGAGUGAUUUAGUUAAUAAUGACGUGCAAACAUUUAUAGACGCGGACGUGUUGAUGUUAAACGGCCCAAGGAGUGCAAACGCUCAUUGCACAUGUGAUCCUAACCAGACCAGAGUGCCACCAUUGUUCUAUGACUCACAAAGCAAGAAACUCGCGGCUCCAGCUCCGGACGUUACUGAGCGUACGCAAGGAACUCAACCAAUCGCUUGCAGUGCUUGCAAGUCACCACAAUGGCUAUCAGCUGGAACGACAUCUACCACCAGCCACAGUUCCACUACCACCGGAAAUUCCUCUCGCUUAUCAGUAUGGCAUCGCCGUUGGUGCUGUGUGGCGAUCCUGGUGCUGGUGGCGGGCACGGCCUGCGUCGCCGGGCCGUUGGCGCUGCGCGCGCCGCCCGGGGCUCCCCUGCACGAACGACUGCGGCUCGCUGAGAGAUUAUUACAUGACACGCCUUUAGUAGACGGCCACAAUGACUUACCUUGGAAUAUAAGAAAAUUUUUACACAACAAGAUAAAAGAUUUCAGUUUCGACGAGGACUUGAGAACGAUAUCUCCAUGGGCUACGAGCUCAUGGAGUCACACCGAUUUGCCAAGACUAAAGCAAGGAAGAAUUGCGGCUCAGUUCUGGGCGGCGUACGUGCCGUGUGACGCCCAGCAUCGGGACGCCGUGCAACUGACGUUCGAGCAAAUUGACCUCAUACAAAGACUCACUGACAAGUAUCACCCACAGUUAACGUUUUGUACCUCUGCUGAUGACAUUAUAUCGGCGCACGCUAACCAUCGGUUAUGUUCGCUAAUCGGUGUCGAAGGCGGCCAUGCUAUCGGAGGUUCGCUCGGUGUGCUGAGGACCCUGUUUCAAGUGGGCGUCCGAUACAUGACACUCACGUCUACAUGCGACACACCUUGGGCCGAAUGCGCUACCACAGACCGAACGGAUACGUCUUCACGCGGAGGAUUAACUCCUUUUGGAAAGGUCGUAGUAAAAGAAAUGAAUCGGCUGGGUAUGUUAGUGGAUUUGUCACAUGUAUCUGAGCGAACGAUGCGGGAUGCAUUAGCUGCGUCCCGUGCACCUGUUCUGUUCUCUCAUUCCUCCGCGCGUGCCCUCUGCAAUGUGACUCGUAAUGUGCCCGAUACUGUGCUGCGAUUACUCGCUGCCAACAAAGGACUCAUUAUGGUAAAUUUUUACUCAACAUUCCUCACUUGCAAGGAAACUGCAACGGUCCAAGACGCCAUAGCGCAUAUCAAUCAUAUCCGAGAUGUGGCGGGAGUGGACAGUGUAGGAUUGGGGGCUGGUUAUGACGGAAUAAAUUAUACCCCCCAAGGAUUAGAAGAUGUAUCAUCAUAUCCUUUGCUAUUUGCCGAGUUGAUGGAAGAAGGUUGGAGCAUAGAGGAUCUGCGCAAACUAGCUGGUCUAAACUUGCUACGAGUGAUGGGCGCAGCGGAGCGCGUGGCUCGAGAACUGGCUUCUGCGCAAGUGACGCCAUACGAAGAAGUUCCACCUAGAGUGUUUGAUGCGCACAAUUGUUCUAGUCAAGACGUAUAAACCUCUUUUUUGCAAUUCCAAUACGUAUAUUGUACAGGUAUAUUAUAGCAGCAGUUGUCAAAAUACUCUCCAGUAAGAUAAAGCUAUUAGAGUAUAAACCAUCGAAAAUUUUAGGGAUGAAGGUAGGUUGCAAUGCAGUUAAAAGGUUCAUUAAUUGAACCGGCGCGGUGGUAUAGUAUAUUAUGUACCUAUUUUAUACCUACCUGGUGAAAUAAUUAUUCCCGCGUUAAAUUCGUCUUUGCGACCUACAUUGGACGUUUAAAACUGUGAUAACGUCAUUUAAAUUGAUUACAUAGGUAAGCUACAAAACGGGAAUAUUAUCACGAAAUUGCGUUAAUAUUUUUUGCGAUAAAUCCAUGUUGCGAUAAAUCGAUGUUUGUCUAGUUUAAGUAAUUGAAUAGGUAAGUAGUAUACAAAUAUAACAUUACAUAAAAGACUGCUAAAUCGUAUCGUAUUUUGAUUUUGGCAUUGUUAGGUGAAUAUAAUCCAGACACAAAUGUUUUAUUAUAACACUGAUCAUAGGGAUUCGGCACGUUUAUUAUCAUCCGACUAGUUUGUGGUCACCGUUUGUAACCAUGGCGAAAACCCAUUUAUUGUGACUCAAAUUCGUGAACCGCUUUUCGGGACCAGUUCUUACACAAAAGUUAUCCAGACAUGUUUUUAUAAAUUUAAUAUAAUAAAAUAGCUUUUAUAUGAGACAUGGUGGAAAACUAUAUUUAACAGAUGGAAAACAGCUGCAAAGGUUCGUAAUUGUAUGGUAAUUUAGUAGUGUCCUAUUUGUUAACUCAUUUUCCAUAUAAAAUCAUAUGGAAACACAACACCCUAAUCAUUAGAACCACGAUUAGACCAAUCGUAAGAAAUGUAGGUUUUAAUUAGGUAAUCAAAGUUGGUCAUUUUAUCGUUUUCAGUUUCUUUGAGAUGUUUUAAUUAUUGUGAAUUGUAAAAGUCAACGGGUUAAACGAUUCCCAUAGUAAAUUAUAGCAUAAUCAGUGUAAUAAUUUACUUUUGCCUCCUAUUUGAUUCUAUGAAAAGUUAACGUAAAACAUCUAUAUCUUAACCCAUUCGAUCUUAAAUUAAUUUAUCGGACACAGCUUUUCCAUACAUUUCAAGAAAAUUUAUUUAUCGGUUUACUUCCAUUCCUUACUGCAAUUUCUUGGAAAUUAAUAAUAUAAAUUCAUGACCGUUCUUGUCCAUUAACGUCUAUAAUUUCGCAUCUCUCCAGGGCCCUACUUUUAUUUCAUACAUCAGCCUCUCAAGAAAACAUAAAUAUAUUAUACCUACAUUCAAAAUCCACCACUAAAAUCAUUUGACUUAAAUUUAUUAACAUCCCUUACUUAGGUUUAAACUAUCUCUGUAACAUGUCAUCUUAAUCUGUUCAGGGGUUUGUAAUUUCCCGUAUACUUACCUAAACUUUUACGCCAUUUGUUGUCGCCAUAGGGUGAUAAAAAAAGCCAUGUCUGUAUACAAAGAUCUAAUAAUCCUAGUACCAAACACUAUCCAAAUGGUAUAUGUUACAUAUAACAUCGUAAAACAUAAUUCUAAAUAAAUGUGUCAUUGGUAGUAUGGAAUUUAACCUAGCGAAGGCAAAAAUGACAUAAGACCUAUUUUUAAACAAUCACUGUAGAUCCAAAUGUGCCAUGACUCUCUCAAUCCCUUUUCCGGUAAAGACAAGUUACUAACAAUUCCCCUGGACUGUGCAUGAUCCUCACUCAUGUCAUGGGUACUCUCACAUGGGAUUCUGCUUUACAUCAAAACUGCUGCCAUUUUAGUUAUAUAUGUAACUACGCAGAUCUAUACUGAUUGCGACGACAAACAUUAAAAAAAAAAUCAAGCCGUCACAGCACAAGACCGCGGCUAAACUUACUUCGAUUCAAACCUCUCGAUUAUAAUAUAAUAAUACCAUAAUAAUCAAAUAUUAUAUAAUGUAAUUGUAAUAAUUGAACUUCGUACUCUUAUCGUAUACUUAUUAUGAGUGCACAAAAUUCUUUAAUGAAAAUGCAAUCUCAUGAGUGCCUAAGUGUUGACAACUGUUUUUAUAAUUACUUAUUUCCAAGCUUUAAUUAAUAUAUGACAUGUUAGUAAGUGUAAAUGUUUACUUAGAUCCCGGUCACAUCAUGCAUCAUAUUAAUCACACUAUUAGAGUAGAAUCAAAAUCGUUGUAGAAUUUGCUAAAGUAUUAAAAUAGAAAUACUUAGUUUAAAAACAUUAAUUAAUAUACAAUAUACAAACCUAGGUACUAAGUGAUUUAAAAUAUGAACAUGCUUUAAAACCCUUAUCGUAAUUAUGUAAAUGUUUUUUAAACCUAAACAUUGUUAUCUGAUAUUUUCGAUUUUGCUUUAUAACUGUUACUAAAGUAUGUCAAUUCAAUCUUUUCCAAAAUUAAUAAUAUUACAUUAAUCAAUUUACUUAAAGUGCUGGCUUUACUCAUCGAUAUUGAUAUAUCUACAGAUACCUAUGUUUAUAAUUUGUAUCUAUUAUGACCAAAUCAGUCGGUUUUAAAUCAUAUAUAGGUUAAUUUAUUUAUAGAAAUAGAUAUCCCACUACUGAGAUAAAGUUUUCUCAACUUAUCAUAUGAUGUACUUAGGUAUAAUUUUUCUAGGAAAAUAAAAAACCCCGCCAUAUUGUGGUAAACAACGGAAUAAUUUCUUGUGAGUACUGAAAACGUUAACCUUAAAAAGAAAAAUGGUUUCUCCUAAGCAGGUUUUUGAUUUUCCUGGUCAGGCUAUAUUUAGACUAUAAGUUAAACACUUUAGUUCUGUACCUAUAAGUUUGGUGGGCCAUAGCCUCGCCUGUUAGCUAGUAGGGUACACCACGUACAUGUGGAGUUAGCUUGGGUCCCGAAUAUGUAAUUGGGUUCCCGUACACCCCAUAUCUGAUUUAGCAAUAAAAUGUUUAUAAAUUUAUCAAAGGUUUAUGAGUCUACUUUCCAAAAAGUCCCUAUGUAAUAUCUAUAAUUAAGUACUUUAUACCGAUAGUACAUAAAUCAACUACUGUAGAGAAUAAUAAAUAAUUAAUAGAAAAAUUUGCAUGUUUAUGUGUACGUUUCACUAUUAAAAUAUACUUACUAGCUUUACCUUUUUGACGACCAAUAACAGUAGCAUAUAGAAAAGAAAUAAAAUAUAAGUCCUUAGUUGUUAUUUAGUUAUAAAUGUUAUAGUAACCCGGAUCGGCGCCAUUUAAAUUGUUAUUUUAAAAAUAAGGUAUCGGUAAACCGGGUCACAUAGAACUCUAUGGGUGUAAAAAAAUAUUUGAAAUUGGAAUUUUAUCAUAAAUAACGGACUGAAUUCUAGGUACUAAACGACAAACAUUUUAAGAUUUUUAUUUGACGUUAUAGAAACAUUACUCUGGGCCCUUAUUGUGUAUGAUAGUGUAAACGCGUAACGCGGCCGUGUCAUGUUAUCUUCGAGAAAUGUGCGUGGAAUGGUAUUCUGUAAGCCAAAUUUCUAUAGUCCUAAACAUGAUGCGUUGUGUUACGUGCUUGUUACGCACUGUCAAAAUAAUGUGCGGGUUAGAGAAUAAGGCCCCUGUUUACGAUAUUACCUACUGCGUUCAUAUCUCAAUCUUUGUUUUCCUCUCAUCCCCUGAGUUCUAUUCACCCUGUUUAACGUUAAUGUAGUCUUAAAAUACAUUGGUUUUUAUAUUGAUACGUUAUAUUUAUUGUAAAAAAAUAAAAUGACAGAUUUUCCUAAGCUAUCGUUUUCACAUAUAAGAUGUUUUUUUUUUAUAAUUUGUUCGCAAUUAACAUUAUAUUGACCAGCCAUAAUUAACCGCAAUAAAUCCAACUACUGCAAACAAUAUUAGUAGGUACCUAAGUAAUAAAAGUGAAUGUUCUGUUAUUAGAAGAAAUCUAUUAAAAUAAUACUAACUAAACAUUUUGCAUUUUUUCAGAGGCUAGGUAAUGAGUAGAUUCUUAGCAUAUUUUAUUCUGACGCAUAAUUACAUUUAUUGUGAUUCGAUAAGUAAAUAUUAAAAACUAUACUUAUUUUUUGCGAGAAGCAUUGAAAGAUGUUUUAAUCCUAGUAUAGAAGAAGAAAGAGGUCCCAAAUUCAUCCGUCGGUGCCCACCGUUCUGACAGGUUCACGGAAGUUACUAAGGGACUACUUGACUGGAAUCAAGCUAGAAGCAAACAUACUAUCGAAUUUGAUAUUUAAAUGCAAAGCGUACUCUUGACGUCCUAAAAACAAAACACGCUGGAUUAAGUACCAGUAGAAACCACUAGCAAGAUGACGUUGUACGCUCCAUCUCGAAGACGCUUUUGCUGAAAUUUUAGAACUCACUUUCCGUUGAAUGUGUAAAAUGUUCAUCGAUCUUUGUGUACGAAAUACAAGGAUACUUUUGUAAUAAAAACAUCAUUACCCAUUGAAUAUUUAUGCCAAUGUCUGUCUUGGAAAUCAAAAAACAUGAUUUCGUAGUAUGUACACACUAUCCUACUCGGCAUCAACAGAGACACAUAGGUACGCAUUUCUGAUACAAGUAACUGAUUCGAAUUGCUGCUGACAAAGCAAAAUUUUCGUCAACACUAUCACUAUUAAAAUCACUAUUGAUUUUUGAUUGGUGCUAGAGCCUGCCACUUAUCCAAAAGAACUAAAAACAAAAAAAAUGAAAGCAGUGAUUGGCCAUCUGAUAUUGGUAAAAAUAUGAGGUGUAGACAUUCGCUCAUAAUAUUUAUUCUGUAUUUAUCGUUUUUAUAAAAUAUUAUUUCUGUUUCUUAUAUAGGUGUCCAGCAAACAUAUCGCUCUUUAAUCUUUACAUAAUUAGUUAUAUUAACAAGGUUAAAGCAAAAAUGUUCUUAGAAAUGUCUUAAAUAUUACGUUUAUAAAAGUGUUGUACUUAUUUAAUUAGCAAAAAGUAAAUAAAUUUAAGAACUGCUUUUAGAAUGAUAUUUACAUGAUAUAUUACAUUAAGGAACGAUAAAGAAUUGUAAAACAAGAAAAUUUUGAUUAUUAACCAAUUUUAAAACAUAAAUAUAAUAACUUCAAUAAAAUAUACCAAUUAAUGUUUAAAGGCAAGUUGUAUCUAUUAACAUAGUGAAUACAUUUUUUUAAAUACCUACAAGUUCUAGUACACAGCAACAAAUUGUAAGUAUUACGGAAUAGAAAUAUUAACUGACAUUUAGCUAAAAUAUUUGAGCACGCAGUAGGAUUGUUUAUUUUGAUUAUUGAUUUGACAUUUGAUUUGGUAAAGUACUCAAAAAUCACUUGUCCCACAAAAUUCAUAGUCUGAUCUCAAGCAUCUCCCAAUGCCUUAGCUGAACCAGUACCUAUCGAGUUCUUGUAUACCUCAGGGUAAUAAUAAAACUAUUACCUAAUACACUAUUUUUGAUUGUUGUCUAAUAAAUUCUUAUAUAACUGAAUGGUCAUAUUGCCUUACAAAUAAAAAAUACGUUUUCCCAAUCAGGUAGAUAGAGCAAGGCGGGACCAAAACUACUGAAUAAAUAUAUCUAUACCCCCACGACACGCACCGCGCCAUGACCGUUUGAAUAAGUACCUACCUACCUUCUUAUAGAGUUAUUUAACGAACGUACGAGAUCUAAGUACUUAAUAAAUGUAAUUUUUUCGCGUCCCUAAAUAGUUUAUUUAAGGUAAGUAUUAGUAUUUAUAAAAAAUAAUGUUGCGUUCAAACACAACCUUAUUUUUUUAAAGGGAGUCAAUGGAAGUUAAAGGGAAGAGAUCACUCAACGAGGAAGAGAUCUGGUUUUUAAUCCAUCGGUGCAACGACGUGUAUGUCGUACACAUACUUCCGGAAUUCAAAAAUUCCGCGGUUUUUAGGGUUUUAUUUAUCAGUAGGUAUGGGGAAAAGGGGAAAAAUAGAGAAUCACACUGUUGGCCGGCUUCUGUCUGACUGUUUUUUUUUGUCAAUAGACCUACAUCAUCAUACAGAAUAAAAACUCAGGUACCUAUGCUUUGAAGGCAUAAUUACUAAAAUAACUGGCUUAUAAAUAAAAACUUACGCAUAGGGUAGGCUAGGUACUUUUCAAUUCUACACUCCGAGUAAGGUUAUAAUAUUAUGUAGCAAGGAACUUAGUACACCUAUCUAUCUUACCUACCUAUCUAUACAAUGUAUAAACCAUGAGUGCUCAUGAUUCCAAAAAGAUUUUAAUUUAUACAAAUACUUACAUUUCUGCUGUAAAGAAUAAAAAUUGAUACAACUUGUUCUAUAGCAACAUUGUACUUACCGUUUUAAUACAAUUACUUUAUUGAUAAGUGCCGUAGAAUUUUGUAAAGA